AUGCAGCAGAGGCAAUACAGGCAGCAGGACCGAAGCAGAGCGAUGACGCGCCUGGGGCCAGCCUCCAUUAGUCCAGAAAUGCCGAUGGGUAUGAGCGAGGGAAAGAUAUUAAAAGGACGCCAAACAAAUAGAGCGCAUGCUCAAGUGUGUAGCAAUCUGGACGACUGCCCCUGUGCGCCGUAUUACCCCAAUCUUGAGAAAGUGAAAAGAGAUAAGAAAUAG